UUUGGCUCUGGUGUUACCAUCCUACAGCUUUUACUAUAUUAAAGCCAAGAUUAAUGAAACCUUAACUCAGGCAAAAUUUAUUGCAACCCUGAAGCGAGAGUCCUUUGAUGAAUUUGGAUAUACAUUUUUAGCACCCAGGGACUACUGUAGCACAGUGAAAAUAACAGACAAUAAUACUGUAUUUCUUCAGAAUUUCAUUGAAUUUAUGGAUCAAUAUUCACCCGAAAACCCUUCAUGUAAUGGCUUGGUGAUGAGAGCUUUGUUGGAUGCUGGCUUCACAAGUGAACUGGUCCAGAAUUACUGGAGUAAGCAAGACCCGGAGGGAAUUACGGCACGCUUUGUAGUUACAGAUGGAGGGAUCACCAGAGUAUAUCCCAAAAGUGCAGGCGAAUAUUGGACAGAAAAUUCUGAAACUUAUGAACAGAGCUUCUACAAAAGGAGCUUAGAUAAUGAGAAUUAUAUCUUCACGGCUCCGUUCUUCAACCGAAGCAUCAAUGAAGAUGGGAUUAUGGUGAGCAAGGCUGUGAAGAUCACCGUGAACGGAAAACUUCUCAAACCAGCAGUUGUUGGAGUAAAAAUCAAUCUGAGCAGCUGGAUGACAAGUUUCGCGACACUCACCACUAAAGAUCAGUGUAAAAGUGGAAGUGAAAUUUGCGGGUGCGAAAAAGACAGUCAGCAUAUCGAUUGUGUCAUUCUUGAUGAUGGAGGAUUUCUUUUGAUGACCAACCAAGAAAACUAUUUUCCAGAGAUUGGAAAGUUCUUCGGAGAGAUCGAUCCGGGUCUCAUGCGAAAUCUCAUUAAUAUGUCCUUGUAUGCCUUCAACAAGUCUUACGACUAUCAGUCUGUUUGCGAUCCAGAGGAUGAACCGAAACAAGGAGCGGGACUCCGCUCCAUCAACGUGCCUACAAUAGCAGAUAUUUUACAUCUUGGAUGGUGGGCCUCUGCAGCCGCCUGGUCUAUUUUGCAGCAGCUCGUCUGGGGGCUGACCUUCCCACGUUUCCUUGGGGCAGUGGAAGUGGAAGAGGAGGAUUUCAGUGGGUUCCCGUCCAAACAGAGUUGUAUCACGGUACAAACACAAUAUUUCUUUGGGAGUGAUGAGAAAUCCUUCAAUGGCAUUCUGGAUUGUAUCAACUGUUCUAGGCUUUUUCACGCAGAGAAGAUUUCCAACACCAAUUUGGUUUUCAUCAUGAGCGACAGUAAAGAGUUGUGUCAUCACUGUGAUGCGAGGCCGUUGAUGCAAGCAGAGAAGCCUGAUGAAGGACCCAAUCCCUGUGAAAUGGUUCAACACCCCAGGUACAGAAAAGGACCCGACGCCUGCUUUGAUGAUGCUAAAGACGAUUCGGCUGAGUGUGGUGGAGUCUCUGGACUGAGUCCAUCACUCUGGUCUAUGGUAGGAAUCCAGAUUAUCCUGCUCUGGAUGUUAUCUGGCCGAUUAUGACCCCGUGAAACCCCAAACCUAAUCUAACCAACCAAGAUCCUGCCAAAAAAAAAAGUUAGCCCACCCUUUUCACUCAAGAAAAAGGGGGCCCAGUCUGCUCAGAUGGCAGAUUCAGUGGCAAUGCCAGUGACUCGAAAAUCUUCUCUGGGGGAAGAUGCUCGAAGGCACCCGCCGUGGCUGCAUGUUGGUGUGUCAGAUCCGUAACGCGUGUGUGAAUGCUUCAUCAUCUAGGCCAUUCAGAACCGAAUCCUGUAUGUGCUUUACCGUGGAGUUGCGAGGUUGGGGGGUAGGUCUUCUUUUGUCUGUGUGCUUUUGAAGACUUUUAUGUAAAAAAAAACAAAACAAAGGGCUCCCCCUUUAAAAGAUCACCCGGUUUCUGUUUGUUCGGAUGUGGUUUUGAGCGGGUCGCACUCCUUAAACUUUGGAACACCCGAUUUGUAAAGGAAAGGGGGAAAAAAACAAAAAACUUGCCAUUUCCUUCGCCUUCUGGUUUAGAAUACCGAUUAUUUAUAUGCCUGUUUCAACUUUGUUUGAAUACACACUCAACGUCAGUUUCAUACGAUACCAUUUCACGCCGGUGCGCCGGUAGUAAAAUCAACCGCGAGUCAAUGCCGUAACUUAGAAAAACACAGAGACUUCUUCACAACUCUCCUCAUCUCCAUCACGAUCGCUCCCACUGCCACUUCAAGCCCAUCAAUGCAACGGCAUUUAGUACAUCUGAAUACGUUUCCGGGAUCUAAAAUAUUCUAGGGGAGAGAAUGAAAACCACGGUGGGAAGGCGGCAACCGGUUUUAAAAUAAAAAAAAAAUUGACUUUUUUUUAAGAAAAGAAAAGAAAGGGGAAAAAAGUUAAAACGUUUUAAGGAAGCCGUGGUGGGCUAGACGUGAAAGAUCUCCUGGAGAACUUCAAGGGUUGAAUUGGACACGACGAGACUUUAAAUCAUCAUGUAAAAUGCCUUAUAACAGAUCGUCUUUGUUUUCUAAAAACGAGUCGGCUUCCGUAACUUCAUGAACUGGACGCAAAGUUCUGAAAAGGCAAGCUCGAAGCAACAAACGUCAAAAUGGAAUUAUGAUUAUUAUUAUUAUUUUUUAAAUUUCUCUCUUCAUCCCAGUAUCUGUCCUUUGUUGCUCAAGCUGUUACUUGUCCACGUGGAUCCCUGUUCUCAGAGCGCUGUCUUACCGAUUCCUCCAAAGUUUUCAAGACACAAUGUUUGUGAAUACAAAUGUCUUUGUGAAUACUGUAUAUUGAACGUUGGUUUUCAAGGGUAAUUUGCAUGACGACGAAGCUGCUAUUUUGUUCAGGGUUGGUUUUUUUUUUUUUAAGAUUUAGGUUUUGUUUUUUUUUCUUUUUCAUGGUAGAGUGUAGUUUAUUGAACAGUUUUGAGUGAUUUUUGUUUUCCUGCUGUGUGAGAAACCAAAUAUUGCGGUGUGGUGCAAUUUAAUCUUAAGUUAUAUAUUGUUAAACAGAUAAUCCGAAUAGACUGCACAAAGUAAAAGCUGAAAAGGGGGGAUGGUACAUUUAAUUAUCUGCUCAAAUGGGGG